AUGUACACUCUUCUGGCUUUCUUAGCUUUCCUUUCUGUGUCUGCUUUGGCUCAAAUGCCGGGGUUCCCGGACCGAUUUGGCCCCCAAACCUCCCAAACAACCUGUCGUGGUAGAACAAUUGGAAGAUCUAUUAACAACGUGUGUCCACCGGGGCAUACCGUCAUCUCGAAUGGUGAGUGCUGUCCCAGCCAACAAGUCAAUUCAACUGGAACUACUUGUGUUGAUAAGAGAAGUGCCAACGGAGUCAAUGAGUGUCUUGGAUGGAGAACUUAUUGCGACAACAUCUUUUACAAGAACUUUAUGACUGAAAACUGUCCACAAACUUGUGGAUUCUGCAACACAGCUACAAUGAGACCAGGAGUUUCUUCUACUAUCCGCCCUGGAAUGACAACUACCCGUCCAUGGACUAACAACUGUACUGAUAAACUUGCCACCGGUGGAUUCAAUGAGUGCCUUGGAUGGAGAAGCUAUUGUAACAACAUGUUCUACAAGGAAUUCAUGACUCACAACUGCGCUCAAACCUGUGGAUUGUGUGCAUCUACCAUGCGACCAGGAGUCACUUCCACUCUCCGCCCCGGAAUGACAACUACCCGUCCAUGGACCUCACCAAACAACUGUACUGAUAGACCAAAUGCCAAUGGAAUCAAUGCUUGCCCAGGAUGGAGAGCUUACUGUAACAACUUGUUCUACAAGGACUUUAUGACUGACAACUGCCCACAAACUUGCGGAUUUUGUAUUCCAUCCACUGGAUCUUAUCCUACCCUCCGCCCAGGAAUGUCAUCAACAAUCCGCCCAGGAUCCUGUAUCGAUAGCCGUUCUGAUUGCGCACUCAACAGAAAUCUUUGCAAUAACAAUUCAUUCAGAGAGCAAAUGAGAAUCCAAUGCCCAAGAACUUGUGGAUUCUGCCAAUAA